AUUAGGAAGUGGUGUUCAAGGGUCAGGGGUUGCUAGCUGUUGUCUUAAACUGCGAACGAUAUUAGCUAAGUACAGCUGAUCGUUGCUAUUUAUUAACAAGCUUCAAAGACCAGGAACACGUACAUAUAACUAGCUGAAGAAAUAUUUAUAUCAAAGCAUAGUGAAGCCUACAGGCGUUAACGUUAUAGCUUUUGUUUAGCUAGCAUGUUAACUUUAGCUGUUAGAAAUCAUUAUAUAUAUAUUUUUUAAGCUGCACCUUCCUUUCAAUUAUUAUUUAUUUUGUGGGCUUUGUCCUCAUUUCGUGGGCUUUGUCCUAAUGAAUGUUAGUUAGAAGCGUAUGCACGAGAAGAAUAAUCCUGUAAUUUAAUGUUUAACAUUAGCCACGGAGCUAAUUUGGUUAAUUAGCUGGCUAGCAAUCGUUAGCUUGUUGUCGAAAGGGUCAUUAAAUACUACAAGGAUGAUUUUGCCUAUGGUAAUUCUCCUAAUAGUUUUCUCACACGGAACAACAGCUGAUGAAGAGCCAGAGGGGAAUAAUGAUCAUGCUCCUGAAUUGAAGUCUUACCAUGAGCCCAACUCUGAGGAGGAUGAAGUCCCAGUAGGUGCCAGGAUUGUAGCAGGAAUGGUGACUGCCCCCAGGGAGGCAGAGGGGGAGAGAAGACUCGAUGGUGGGGUCCAGGAAGGUGGGCUGGAGGGGGAAGAGAAGGAGGACUUGCCCACUCAACCUCCUCCCGUCGAGGAAAGGCCUAAAGAGGUUCCUGUGGUGAAUGGCGGCACAGCCAAUGGUAAGCCCUGUCUCUUCCCCUUCCUCUUCCUGGGGAAGGAGUAUGUGGACUGUACCACCGAUGGCCGGGGGGACGACCGCCUGUGGUGUGCCACCACCUACGACUACGACAGGGACAAGAGAUGGGGCUUCUGUGAGACGGAAGAGCAGGUGGAGCAGAGGCAUCUAGCGGAGGAGACCGAAAAGGAGUACCAGACAGCCCUCCGCAUGAUCAACGGAACCAACCGGAAGAGCCAGAAGAAAGAGUUGUAUGAGAAGCUAUUGAAGGUUGCCGGCAAGGGCCACCACAAGGCCAUGGAGAAGGUGGCCUACGCCAUGCUGUUUGGGGACUACUUGGCCCAGAACAUCCCUAAGGCCAAGGAGCUGUUUGAGAAACUGGCCCUGGAGGGCUCCCCCAAAGCUCAGAUGGCACUUGGCUUCUUGUACGCUGCUGGGUUAGGCGUGAACUCUAGUCAAGCAAAGGCGUUGGUUUACUAUACCUUUGGGGCUUUGGGCGGAAACCUGGUGGCUCAUAUGAUUCUGGGAUACCGAUACUGGGGUGGUGUGGGCGUACCCCAGAGCUGCGAAUCAGCACUGACGCACUACAGACUGGUGGCCAAUCACGUGGCCAGUGACGUGUCCCUGACUGGGGGCAGUGCAGUGCAGAGGGUGCGUCUGCUGGACGAGGUGGAGAACCCGGGCUCUACCAGCGGCAUGCUGGAGGAAGACCUGAUCCAGUACUACCAGUUCCUGGCUGAGAAGGGAGAUGUCCAGGCCCAGGUGGGACUGGGCCAGCUGCAUCUGCACGGUGGUCGGGGGGUGGAGCAGAACCACCAGCGGGCCUAUGAUUACUUCAACCAGGCCGCGAAUGCUGGGAACACGCACGCCAUGGCCUUCCUUGGGAAGAUGUACUCGGAGGGCAGUGAGUACUUGUCUCAGAACAAUGAGACUGCCCUGCAGUACUUCAAGAAGGCCUCUGACCUGGGUAACCCUGUUGGGCAGAGUGGGCUGGGCAUGGCAUACCUGUACGGGAGAGGUGUGCCAGUGAAUUACGAGUUGGCACUGAAGUACUUCCAGAAAGCAGCAGAGCAGGGCUGGGUGGAUGGACAGCUUCAGCUGGGCACCAUGUACUACAAUGGCAUCGGGGUGAAGCGUGACUACAAGCAGGCCUUCAAGUUCUUCAAUCUGGCCUCGCAGGCAGGGCACAUUCUGGCAUUCUACAACCUGGCCCAGAUGCACGCCACAGGCACCGGCGUGUUGCGUUCCUGCCACACCGCCGUGGAGCUCUUCAAGAAUGUGUGUGAGCGUGGGCGCUGGUCGGACAGGCUGAUGGCAGCCUACGGCAACUUCAAGGACGGCGACAUGGAUGGGGCGCUGGUGCAGUACCUGCUGCUGGCCGAGCAGGGCUACGAAGUGGCGCAGAGCAACGUGGCCUUCAUCCUGGACCAGAUAGAGGAGGCCCAGAUCUUCAACGAGAACGAGACAUACCCUCGAGCCCUCCUCCAUUGGACCAGAGCAGCAGCACAGGGUUAUACAGUGGCUAGGAUAAAGCUGGGGGACUACCACUUCUAUGGUUAUGGUACUGACGUGGACUACGAGACAGCUGUCAUCCACUAUAGGCUGGCCUCAGAGCAGCAGCACAGCGCUCAGGCCAUGUUCAACUUGGGCUACAUGCACGAGAAAGGCCUGGGCAUCAAACAGGAUAUCCACCUGGCCAAGCGUUUCUACGACAUGGCUGCUGAGGCUAGUCCCGAAGCUCAGGUGCCCGUCUUCCUGGCUCUGUGUAAACUGGGCCUGGUCUACACCCUGCAAUACCUGCACGACCUCAACAUGAGUGAGGUGGUCAGUCAGGUGGACCUGGACCAGCUCCUGGGCCCUGAGUGGGACCUCUACCUAAUGACGGUAAUCGCCCUGCUGCUAGGCACCGUCAUCGCCUACCGUCAGAGACAACACCAGGCAAUGCCCCCGCAGCCCCCUCCUCCCCCAGCCAGGCCUGCUCAGGAGCAGGCCCAGCCGGAGGUCCAACCUGAGGCCCAGGCCCAGCCUGAGGCCGAAGAGGCGCAGCAGUGAGCGAUAGAGAUGGAGUGGGAAGAGGGAAAGGGAAGGUGAUAUCCUGACCUAUACCCUCUUCUCUGGGGGGGUUGGGGGGGUGGGUAAAGGCAGACUAACAUGCUCCCAUCUUGGGCACCACCUUUUCCCUCCUGACUCCGGCAUGUUGACCACAGACUGUAGGCUACUGAACAGGCCAGACUCGCCCUACUUAACUCUCUGUCUCUGUCAAUGCUCUCAGACCUUCCAAGUUGAAGAAUGAAGAAAGGAAUCGGUGAGAGGGAGAGUGGAGUAGGUUGAUGGACAAGGCCAUGGAACAGAGGCUGUAGAAAAGACAAUAUAGACUCGAAACCUCUUAGUGUGUGACUCAGGGUACCGGCAGCAGAAUCACUUCUCAGAACUAGCCAGGUGGGGCGAUCGAGGCAUCUUCUUAAUUAUCGUCCGAUCUGGGAAUGAAACGGUCUUGUAUUGUGCGCUCUAGUAGCGAUUGGGCUUCGGAAACAAUGGCCAGAUUUUUUUUCCGCUUUUCCUUUUCAGAUUUGAUGCACGAGUUUAAGGUUACAACUCUACUUAUCGGAAAAUAAGAUUCCAGAUGUCUACAUAAACCUUGCAAUACCAACAUAUUCGUCAGGUGGCAGCAAUCAGAACUGGGCAUGUGAAGUUAUCUUCAUCUCCUUGUCUUUAGCGAAAUAUUUUUCACAAAUAAGUUUUGUUAAGAACACAUUUUGUAAGCAUGUUCUGUUCAUAAACAAUGAUUCUUUAUCAAGCUAGUUUUUUUCCAGCAUGCUUUUGUCAGCACAUUUGCUUGAUUAGCAAGCGUUAAAGCUUUUUGUGUGCAAAUAUUUCUUUAGCAAACAUGAGUUGUUUCAAUGCAGUUUUCUUCAGCAACUUAUUUUGUUAGCGAAUAUCCUUAGUUAGCACAAAUGUUGAAUUAAUGAAGUAAACAUAAACGUGCUCAUUUAUUUGACAUCCAGUUCAAAAUCUUUCAGUACGUAGCUGAAUUUUGGUCAACUUACUUGUUUGAGUGGAUCAAGUAAUGAAAGAUAUUGUUGUCAGUCAUUUCAGCUCUGCUAUGGUAUGGUCAAGGAUCAGAAUGAAGGAUAGAGAAUCCUUUGCUACCCCUUCACUAGCUACCCCAUUUCCUUCCUCAUUGCAGCGCAUGAUUCUGUGUCUCAAGGUUUAAUUCUUGAUAUAUUAUCCAUAUAGCCUAAUACAGAGAAUAUCCUUGAGAUAAUAUUGUAGAAUGCUGAUCCCCACCAUAGAUGCUCCCUUACACCAAAAUCCUGAGUGAAUGCAUUGAUGCUUGUUCCAUCUACGAGUAAUUGAUAGUUUGUGGAACCAUGUUUAAUUUUUAAUUAUUUUUAAACUGUUUGGUUUGAUAAAUUGAACUGCAACAGGAAGAGAUUUCAUGCAAAGCCUUUUUGUCAAGACUCAUUAGGAGAAAGCACUGACUAUUUGACUUUGUUAUACAUGGUUCCACUCAGGGUCAUAAUCGGGGUGUGACUAUUGGCCCGACCCCCUCCCCUAUGGAGCAGGUCUUUGCUUCUCCAGCUUCUGGUUCCCUCGGCUCAGGCUUUAAGUUGUCAAGAUCACAGCAAUCGCCUCCCUUAUGUAGUGGCAUCACAUAAGCUGAUUUCCACACUUUAGGAAGAUUUCCUGAUAAGUGUUAAAUUAAAGAUGUGGGUUAUUGAGCCCACAAUGAGGGACGCUGUACACUUGAGCAGACCUAGAGCCAAAUGGUCGGCCCCUGUAUGUUUCUUCAUGUCUUAUGUCAACAGCACAUCAAGGACUUCAUUGUCUGUCAGUUGCCGAAAGGAAAAACCCAGAUUGGCGUUUUUCAAAAUGAUUCUGUAAAAUUCCCCCAUUAACAUCUAGUACAUUGUCACAGUGAGGGAGACACAGAGAACCUGCAGAAAUAAAAUGGUGAUUAAAUUCA